AUGGAUACUUUUGCCAUUUUACCAAAACGAUUCGAAAAGGGUUUGGUCUGCCUAGCUGACACUCUUCUCAAGAUUUUGGUUUUUAACUUAUAUUAUUCUUUUGAUAAAAUCAAAGAGUAUAAAGUGGCGAGAGGAUAUGGAAAAAGGGGGACAGAAAUAUUAAAUUUAAAAAAUUUGGAAAAAUCGAAAAAAAAUAUUGAGAAAUGCAUUGAUUUAUGUUUAACAGUUUUAAAAAGUAUAGAAGGAGAUAAUAAUUUUUUUAUGCAGUAUAUUUUAGAAAAUUAUUGUUCAAUUCAUUUAUAUAAUAGCGUUGACAAAAUGAAGAAAAAAAAAAAAAUAAAAUUUGAUGAUACUUUUUUGAUAUCUCAACUGUAUAAUUACUCAUCACCUUGUACCAGGAAAAAAAUUCUAAGAAAUAUGGAUGAGGAAGUAAAUGAAAACAGAGAAGCAGAAAUAAAUAUAUUAAUAGGAAAUGAACAGGUGAAUUCUUACAUGAACAAAAUACCCAUUAUGGAUUCUUUCAUAGAUAAACAUAAAAUAUACUCAAAAAAUGACUUGAUAAAUGAAUUAAAUAAUUUUUUAGAUAGUUUUUACCUGAACAAAGUUCCGAUAAAGGAAGACAAUGAAAAAUUUAUCAUAAGUCAGAAAAGAAAUUUAAUCGAUGAUGAUUGUGUUACGAAAAAUUUAUUUUCUGAAUAUUUUAAUAAUUGUAGAAGAAACAAUAAAUUAAAUAUAUUAAUAAAAGAAUUAAAUUUAGAUAGUUUGAAAAAUUUCCACAAUAUUUUACUUAAAAAUAUUAAUUUUAUUAGAGCCUUUAAUUCACAAAAUAAUGACAAAGAGAAUAUAGAUAACCUUGAGUUAUCUACAUUUUUUGACUUUUGA